GUAAAAAAAAAAAAGAAUAAGGAAAAGAACCUAAAAAAGGGCUUUAAACUCUGAGAGUCGCCGAUCCAAUUCUUUCUUCAUCAUCUUCUUCUUCCACACUGCAAUUUAUUUAGGAAUUACAUAAACAUUAUUAACUCUUUACCUCCUCCUUCACUCCAGCUUUUCAAACACGCAAAUCUUCUCUACGACGAUACUUCCUCUCUCAAGGUUUCUCUUUAAUGGCGACACCCACUCAGGAAGCAAUCGACACCUUUAUGAGCAUCACCGGCGCUUCCAAUGCCGUCGCCGUUCGGAAGCUCGAGGAAUAUCGUGGGAAUCUCAAUAGAGCUGUGAAUGCAUACUAUAAUCACGGACAUCAAAAUUCGUAUGCCCUUCCCACUCUUUUAUCAUCUUUGCUUAGACAUGUGUGUGACUCGUUCUUACCAUCUUUGUGCAGACUAUAUGAAAACCCAGCUAAUAUCCCUCAGGGUGAUGCAAUGGAUAUAGAUGGUGAUGUGACUCCAGCCCUCUCAGAAGCUAGAACCACUGUCCCCUUCCCGCGCCGGGAUCCUCCGAUGCCACCUCAUCCAAGGGGGGUCAGGCAGAUACCUAUAGAGGUUAAGGACAGCAGUGUGCCAUCAGGUCGAUCUAAUGAUGCUCCUUCUAUUGAGGAUGUGACCCAGACAUCUCGAGCUCAUAGUCCAGCUCCCCAAGAGGCAGUCAUCUUAGAUGAUGAUAGUCAGUCUGCUUCAACCGGACAAAGUAGGCGUGCUAUACCUGUUGGUUCUGCACAAAAUAGUUUGCAAGGUUACAGUGACAUUGAAGAAGAAUUGAUUCGAGCUGCUAUUGAGGCCUCAAAAAUGGAGACUGGGGUACCAAGGAAUCAGUCGCCUGAAAAUGAACAGUCUCGCAUGGAAGAUGAUGAUAACGCAGCAAAACCUGUCACAGUGCAGUCAGCAGAGGAAGAAGUGUUGCGCAGUGAAGGUUGGAAGGCUUCAUCCUCAGAAAGAGAAGCCUCUGAAGUUUUUUCUAUUCCAGGACAGCAGGGUACCCGAGCCUCAAAUGGAAGACUCGCAGCACCUAGCUCACUGUCUGAGGAUGAUGACGAUGAUGAUGAUGAUGAUUACGAUGAUGAUGGUGAUGAUGACGACGAUGACGAUGAUUAUGACCCUGAUUAUGUUGACGAGGAACUCAUUGAACCCCGUGUUAGGCACAGACCAAGACGUGCGGUUUCUGGAUCUCGGGCCCCACUUAAUGAUGAUCUUCCCCAAGAUGCAAUUAUUCAUUCACCUGAUGCUGGCAAUGGUUUUCCUUCUGAGUGGGGAGGCAUUUCGUCUGAGGAACAUGAUGAAGCUGUCAUGCUAGAGGCUGCCAUGUUUGGAAGCAUUCCGAAUAGUGAAUAUCGUGUUCCUUAUGCACCAUCUUAUCCGCGAAGGACACAGCGUCCACCCUCACCGUCAUUGACAGCUCAAAGGUUGAUUCGAGAACAGCAGGACGAUGCGUAUCUUGCAUCGCUGGAAGCUGACAGGGUAAAGGCUGAGGCUCGUCGAUUGGCAGAAGAAGCUGCUAGAGUAGAAGCUCUUGAAGAAGCAAAGAGAAAGGAGGAAGAAGCUUGCAGGAAGGUGGAAGAGGAACAGGAGCUGGAGAGGCAAUUAGUUACCAAGGAAGCGUCUCUGCCUCAGGAGCCACCAGCAGGCGAAGAGAAUGCUAUUACACUUCAAGUCAGACUGCCAGAUGGCACCCGCCAUGGCCGCCGGUUCCUUAAAUCCGACAAACUCCAAUCACUUUUCGACUUUAUGGACAUCUGUAGAGUUGUGAAGCCCAACACUUACAGGCUGGUAAGGCCUUUUCCACGGCACGCUUUUGGCGAUGGGGAAUGCUCAUCGACUCUAAACGAUGUAGGUUUAACGAGCAAACAAGAAGCAUUGUUCUUGGAGCUGAUCUAAAAUGGGUAUUCUAUUGGGGUCGAUAUAACUUAUUCUUUAGGUCUCUUCUUAUUUUUCUUCAUAGAAGUUGUUACUCUUAUUGUUUUAUUGAAUAUUGAAUCCGAGGCUGGCUUUUAUAGGAAAGGUUUCUUUUUCGCCAAUAUUCAUCUUCGAAUUCGUUGGCUUUU